GCGCAGCGGCGCCUGGGCCUGGAGGCCCACCUGUCGGCCCUCCGCGAGGCCUCGCUGGCGUCGGAGCUGGAGCGCGACGACAAGCCGCCCGGCGAGGAGGUCCCCGCGGGGGCCGACGGCGGCGCCCUGCUGCCGUACGUGUCCAACAUGCUGGCGGCGCCCCACGCGCAGAUCUUCAUGUGCCCGCUGUGCAACAAGGUGUUCCCCUCGCCGCACAUCCUGCAGCUGCACCUGAGCUCGCACUUCCGCGAGCAGGAGGGCGUGCGCGCCAAGCCGGCCGGCGGCGACGUCAACGUGCCCACGUGCACCAUCUGCAGCAAGACCUUCUCCUGCAUGUACACGCUCAAGCGGCACGAGCGCACGCACUCGGGCGAGAAGCCCUACACGUGCGCCACCUGCGGCAAGAGCUUCCAGUACUCGCACAACCUCAGCCGCCACGCCGUGGUGCACACGCGCGAGAAGCCGCACGCCUGCAAGUGGUGCGAGCGCCGCUUCACGCAGUCGGGGGACCUCUACCGCCACAUCCGCAAGUUCCACUGCGAGCUGGUCAACUCGCUGUCGGUCAAGAGCGAGCCGCUGGCGCUGCCCAACGUCAGGGACUGGGCCAUCGAGGACAGCUCGCAGGAACUCUGGAAGUAGACGCGCCCGCCGCCGCCGCCGCUCGGUUCGCCUCGGCCGAAAACAUCUCGGAAGGGCCGCCAAACGGUCCCGGCG